AUGUCAGUAACCAUGCAAGGUGCGGCCGAGAUCACUCCUAUCUCUUCGACUCCAGUCUCCUUUGUUCGAGAGUCCAGCCAAGCGAGGAGCGCGUCUCAGAGCAUUGGGCCGCAGCUUUCCUCAUUGCCCUUGGGGAAUGGUGAUCUUGGUUUGUCGCCGACGUCGGCUCUUCUCCCCGUUGGGCAAUCCUCAGCCACUCAGUUCGUGCAGAGCAUCGAUCAACUCGACUCCUUUUUCGCACAGCUUUUUGGAGCCUCUGCCGAAUCAGACCCAUGGCUGCUGCGGCACUGCCGGUUCGAUGAAUCCGGUAUGAAAUAUUUUUACAAAGUCCAUUUUAGAAAUGCUGGAGGAGUUCCUACAGCACAGAGGAUCCCCGUGCAUUUCAUGAUCUCUUCCGAAGAGCUGGCAUCGUCUGUUAAGCAUGAGACUCGUGCAGGUGCCGGCGACGCGACACGAGAAAAACUGAACUUCCUAGUCCCGCUGGAGUACGGAAGGCGACUGGUUGCUCUGUUUGUCAAGUAUGUCUUUCCCGCACUGCCAGUCAUAUCUCGAUCGCAGCUAGGAUUGACCUCCCCAACGUGUCAGCUCCCUGAGCUGACAACGUUGGCCAAAGUUCCUGUGCUCCUCCUGGCCGCCAUCUAUGCGGCUGCCUUCCCAUUCGUUGCUCAUGAUGACUACCUGUGUGUCUUAAACACCUAUAAUGCAUCGCCGGUGGAAAUGCUGUGGCGCAUGGUAUAUGAGAUAAUCAGCGAGGAGAUACAUACCCCUCAUCUCGCAGUUCUACAGGCAGCGCUCCUGUAUCUUCACAAAAAGCCCGUCGGCGAAGUACAGUAUACAAUGGCUGAUACCCCAUUCAUAUGGUCUUUCGUCGGCCAAAUCGUCGGCCUAGCGUGUUCCCUUGGGCUGCAUAUUGAGUGUCGCAUGUGGGGAAUUUCACCUUGGGAGAAGCGUUUGCGACGGCGACUGUGGUGGGCGGUGUAUGCCGAGGACAAAUGGCGCAGCUUGCUGAUGGGUCGACCGCCGUAUAUCCACCCGGCCGAAUGGGACGUUAGUGAACUCGAUGAAGGGGACUUCUUAGUUGGUCCUCGCUAUGGCUUCUCAACCUGUGCCUGUGACACUGAAAUUCCAUUUCGGUACCUCGUCAAUCUGUGUCAAAUUGCGGAGGAAAUAUAUGAGAUAUUUUAUACUCUGAAGGCCUCUCAAUGCCUCAAUGCCAAUUUCAGCGCAUCUGCUGAGCUAGGGCAAAUGCUGCUUGAAAAGAUGAAUGUAUGGUAUUCCUCGCUUCCUGAUACUUUUCGGUUACCCAAUUGGAGUAAAUCUGUUCAUGGAUUGGCUCCAUAUCCUACUUCAAUUCAUUUUGCCUACCUCUUGCUUGUGGUAUUUGUUUACCGCGCAAUGCUUCGGCCUAUGGCUCGAUCAUCUAGUCCACCAUUGAUAUUUGACUUGGAAGAUAUGUCUACAACGUCCCCUUUGGUAGCGGAAGAGUCGAUCUUGGAUUUUACGAGUGCUCCAGAAAUAGAAUCGUUGCCAGAAGUCACUCUUUCAAAUGACUACGGUACAGGAGAGACCACUUUACAUGGUGCAGAGAAAUGUGCAGCAGUUUUGGUCAAUUUCACAAGGCGACUAACCUCGAGUGAUUUCAGCGCGUUCUGGGUCACGCAUUGGAUUCGCGACAGUUUCUAA